AAAUUCAAAGAGGGCUAAUAAUUCUGACUUUAACUGUAUGUGUCAUCAGAAGGGGCAUAGUGACAUCUCUGCCUCAUUAGCAUAGAACAUUUAAAUCUGCCACAAUCUCAUUUGAAUUUAAAGCAACAGUAGCUAAAAUGGCACGGUUCAAAACAAAGCCUAAAACGGGCAGUUUCAAAGAGUUUAAAACUUACUUUGUUUGGUAUUUUACACUCUAGAGACUUCUCAGAGUUAUUUUACAUCUUGGAAAAAGGGGCAUUAUAGGUGCCCUUUAAUGAAGAAAUAUUAUAGGUGCCCUUAGUGAACUAUAAGGUAUAGUAAAAAAUUCAGCCACAGACUACACACAAACUACAAAAGAUCCAAAAUACAAUACAUUUUAUCCCUCCAACCCUCCUAAACUUAGGUCUAAAGUCUAAUGCCAGGAGGGAGGUUGGUUAGCAACACAUCUGAAGCCUUUCACCCUGAAGUCACAAUAGAAGCUCUGGGGGAAGUGAAAAUGGUGUGUGUUUUCAUGUCAAGGAAAAGACAGAACUGACGGGCAGGAGAGGGGGACACAGUUGCCCUUAAUAUAUGCAGCACUAUUGUGUAGAGUCAGUGCAGCAUGAUAAAAUGGGGCAAGUGAGGGAGAAAAAAAAGAGAAGAGUGUGGAGAAAGAAGACAAGGAGGGAAGCACAUGCAAUAGUGGGGUCAUAAGGAUAUGAGGAUACAUGUCUCGUGGAUAUCCAUCUUAAUCAGGCGUGUUUCUUUAGCUUACUUAACUGAGAAGUACCUGCGGUAAUAUUCGUAAAAACUACAAUCUUAAAACUCGUCUUCCAGCUUUCUGUUAUUCAAAAGACUGCAGAUAAUGUGGUGAGGAGACAAAAUGCUUACAGCAUCUCUUUCUUGGGGUAAAAACCACACCAUGUGCUUUUCUGAUUGCUGAUUGGAGCUUUGAUCUGUCAACUGGUGCAUGAAAAUACAAGCUGAAAAAAGCUAGUCUGAGACCACAAAAGGAAAGAAGCCAGUAGAGGUGUGAUGCAUCUUUCUAUGACACUUCAGGUGUUUUGACCGGUGUGGAAUGAUGGCUUUGGCUUUGACCUACCUGUGUGCCGUGGUCCUAUUAAUCUAUCUGCCAAUAUGUCAAGCUUUUCUGCCCAACUUCUGGUCACGCGUAUUAACAUUGUCCUGGGAUUCAUAUACACACCAGCACAUGACGGAGCAAGCUAUACUCAACAUCACAAUGGAAACUGUGAGCAAAAUGAUGGAAAGUCAACACGAUGUAGAUUAUGAGGAGCUGUAUACUGGACUCGGUCGGGGGUUUUGGCAUGCUGUGGGUGAAGUAGCAAGUGCUAACGUGGCUAUGGACUUCCUGAGCUCCACGCGUUCUGAUCCAGUCUACCACUUUGACUCUGAGAGAGUGGAUGGAGCCAUACAGAUGCUGCGGGAGUUCUGGGCUCAGACGAUACUGCUGACCCAGGCUAAAGAGUACCAGGGGGCCAGACGUAGCUUGGGACAGCUAUUCCACUCAUUACAGGACUUCUACAGUCAUAGUAAUUGGGUAGAGAUGGGUCAGCAAACAUUGUACCUCCACCUUCUGCACCCAGAAGAGCCUUCAGUUCCUGUAGCCUCAGCGGACACCCCUACAUGUGCUGAAUGCUACAGAUAUAGCUGUUACAACAAUCUGCUGAAGGAAAUGAUUCAUCAGACAAAACCUUUACUGACUACGGGCUAUUUCAGCACCUAUCCUGUCAAACCACCAGGCAAGUGCAGCCACGGUGGGAUUCUGGACAGUAGUCGUCACCAGGGAGCUGAGGGAGGAAUAAACAAGGACAGCACAUCUCCGUUGUUUUCCCCUCAUCACUUCCUCCAUAAAGAAGCUGCUCAUCUGGCUUCCACAGCAACCCUCAGAGUCCUCCAAGACCUCCGCCAUAGGGUGGGGCCAGAAAGCUUCCUCAGGCUCUUCAGUGUCCAGCAGCCCCCAGCAUUGGUUUUUGUCAUGGACACCACUGGUAGCAUGUUUGAAGAGAUCACAGCUGCCCGUCUCAGAGCCUUCUCCAUUAUACAAGCCCGUGGAAAAAGCAGACGUACUAGUCUUCCUGGCACAUUCGUUCUGGUGCCUUUUCAUGAUCCUGGUUUUGGGCCGGUGAUGGAAACAGAUGACCCUGAUCGGUUCAUGCAAAAUUUGGAGAAUUUGACAGCUCUUGGCGGUGGGGAUGAGCCAGAGAUGUGUCUCUCUGCACUUCAGUUGGCUCUAACCCAUAGCCCACCGUUGUCAGAGAUAUUUGUGUUCACCGAUGCUUCUCCUAAAGAUCGUCAUCUGCAAAGUGCAGUCCAGGCUCUUAUACUGGAGAAGCAAACAAAGGUGAACUUCUUGCUCACUGAAGAUCCCAACAUUGGAGGAGGAGGAAAGGGGAUGAGAAAAAUGAAAAGAAGAGAAACUUUAUCUCCUGGUAGAUUCUCUCUGUAUUCUUCUCUUUCAUCUUUGUCUGGAGGAAUGACCAUCUUCACUUCAAACAAAGACAUUCAUAAAGCGUCCGCCAUUGUUGAAGAUACCACCACCUCCAGCAAGGUGACACUGUUUCACACAAAUGUUGAAUCGAAUUCAUCAAACUCCUUCAGAGUGGACAGAGCUGUGACAAAAGUGAUGCUGCACAUUACUGGUCAGCUCACAGAUUGUGAGCUUGUCAGCCCAUCAGGUGUUCACCAAUCUCUUUUUGGUAAAGAUGGACCUCUGGCAGUAAUGGACUCAUCUAAAGGUCUAUAUCGAAUAAGCCUGCUGCCUCCACUAGACAUAGGUGUAUGGCAGCUUACAGUCAAAGCCAUUGGACCAAUUACAUUUAAUGCCUUAGGUGACAGCAGUUUGGACUUUCUGUACUAUUUUGCACGAGAAGCCAAUGAGACGCAUCCAGGAUUGAGGAAAAUUGAGGGCAGCCCCAUAGCAGGAAUUCCAGCAUUUUUGAUUGUUGCAGUGACAGGCCUCUCACCCAAUGAGGAGGCCUCAUUCAGUCACGUGACCCUAUUAGGGCCAAAAGGGGAGAGCCUGCAGAAAGUGUUGUUAAACUCCUCAUCUUCUCGUUGGUCUGGAGAGGAGCUAGUGGGUUACAUGGAUUCAGUUCCCAGGAUGCCAUUUAGCUUGCGUCUGUCUGGAAAAGACAGAAAGGGGAAUCUGCUUGAAAGAGUUUCCACUGAGAUGAUUCAGCCAACACAUGUACAGAUACAAGUGCACUCUGCUCCACAACUUCUCCCAGGUCACAGCUCGAAUGUGCUGUUUGAGAUAUUUAAUCAUGGUCCAAACCGUCACUUCAGUCUUUUAGCAGAAGAUGACCAUGGAUUUCUCACCCACCAAGACCAACAAAGGCUGUUUAUUGGUACAAGGGGCUCUGUGAAGAGAGAGGUUGAGAUAAGGACCCCUCAUACUACUCAGACAGGGAAGGCCAUCACAUUGACCUUGACUGUUCAGGCAGAAGAUUCACCAGACUCAAAUUAUGCAGUGGUACACCUAACAGUGAUACCAGAGAAGCCUGAUAAAAAUCCUCCAGCAUGUUCCUCUCUGCAUGUAGAGUCCUCUUGCCCGUCUCUGUGCUCUCAGGGCAACUGGAAAGUCUCACUGCUAGCAAAAGACAGAGGCCACUCUGGACUGGCAUCCAUAGAGCUGACACAAGGAGAAGGCAGGCUCAUUCUCUCUGAAAUGACUACACAGAGACACACAGAACACUUCCCAAAGCUUCACGAAGAGUCCACAGGUGGAGUAUAUCUCCCUUUGCUACAGCCACAAAAGAACUCCUCAGAAAUCAAUACUCAUGUUGGAACAGAAGUACACCAUGGACAAAGGCUGGAAGGUGUUCAGUUGAUGUAUGGGGAUCAUCCAGCGAACAUCAGUGAAUGGACAAAGGGGAAGCCCAUAUUAAUGCAUUAUUCAUCAAGCUGCUGUGCCCCUCAUGCAGAGCUAUUACUGUUGGAUAAAGCAGGUAAUAUGAGACGCUGUCAUCUCAAAGCUAGUCAGCAGAGGGCACUACGAGAAAACAACAGGGCACACAGUGGGGAAUCUACCUCAUGUUUACCAAUGUUAUUGGGACACUUAGUAUUAAUAGUGCUGUAUGUAAGUUUUUGACUCUUCUAAAGCAUACAAAUACCAUAAUAUGUUUGCAAAUAUUUAAGAAAUAUGCCAAGUAAACAUUCUUGUUUAUCUGUAAAGCAAUGCUGAAGUCAGUUUUUCUGCUUUGAAAAUGUCUGUAAUGUGCUGGAGCGUCUGUCUUUGUUUUGGUUUGGUCCCACUGGCAGGUUAAGCCAAUUACAGACAUCCCAAGUGUCUCACAUCUCACCCUCCAACCCACUCGCUCUUCAGUUAUGUUGCUUCCCUGGCUAACUCCCGCAAAUCAUUUCUAUCUUGGGAUGUCAGCAAUCAUAUUUCAGCACCCAGGGUUGUUUUCAUUGAAAACAGCAUAUGUCAUUCAUUCAGUCAGGAAGGCUCUCAAAGGAUGCGUCCAUGAAAGAAAUGCGACCUCCGGUGGACAGUAACAGAAUCUAUAAUGAGAUGCAGAUUCAGAGUUCCACAUGAGGUUAUUAAUUAGCAAAUAGUAUGUAUGUAAACAUUAGGUAUGCAGGUCACAACAAGCUACGCAGCGAUAUUUGCAGUGAUAAGCAACUUGGUUGUUUAUACCAGAAAAAAACACCACAGAAAUUUAAAUACAGCCAUUCAGAAGCACAAAAUAUGCACUUACUCAGGAAAUGGUAAGGUUUAUAAUCUAAUUAAAACAUAUUUAACCUCUUUAACAUUAUUAAAUGUACAUGCUAAAUCACUGAUAUGUGUUGGUUUGCACCGAAGCACAGUUCUAAAGUGUAAUUUCAAACGGUUUAUUUUAUUUGUAAGAUCUGAGGUGAGCUAUCUGCUGCUUUCAGUAGUAUGGGAACAAAUGUCAGGUGAAAUGGCAUUCAAACUUCCAUUGUUAGCAUUUAACACUGAAUAAAGCACAUGAGGUGUACCUGAGGUGCUAUAUUCUGAUAUAUGAUUUAUUCUAUCAAUAUCCAGGUGUUAGAACAAAAACUCUUUUAAUAUGGAAAAUGUUCCUUUUGCCGCAUACCGUUGCUUUUAUAUAUAACACUCGCUCUUGUUAGUCAUUAAUCUGGCAACCUGCACUUGCGUUUGUUUUGAAAAUUGUUGAUGAAAUUUCCUUGAUUCGUUAUUUACUAUGUAACUGUGUGGCCUCAGAUGCCACCAAAAUUGAAUUCAAGGGUAGUUAAUACCAAAGGUUUCCUAAAAAUUGUUUACAUUUUGUUCCAAAAACAGAAAGAUUGGUUUUGGUGGCAAAAGUAUCUACAUAUUCGUGAUAAUAAUGAGGUGAAAAAAAUAGAUUGGGAAUGACCCUUAAAGACGUUCUUUUUAGUGAUUUAAAAACUGUGGAGCCACAAAAUUGGCUGUUAUGAGUUACACAUUUCUAGUGAAUCAAAAAAUAUUCUAAGUAUUGCUGAGUUAAAUACUGAAUUGCUCACCAGAUUUGCCAGAAUAAUAAUAAUUAAAAAAAAUUAAGCAUUACUGAAUUAAACACUGAAUCGCUUACCAGUUUGUCCCAGACUUUAAAUUUGGUACUUAAUGUCUGACUAAAUUAACCAAAAAGUCAUACUUGGUUACAUUUAAAUAAAGCAAUAUUUAAAUCAAGUACAAUCUGACGUCAGUUUACAGGUUGAUAGGAUCAAAGCUGUUAUUAGUUGAACCAAACACUUUUCAAGAUUUGACAAAAACGGACAGUCCUAAAAAUAAUUCUUUAAAAAGUUAAGCAUUUGUGAAUAAUGUAGUCCUCGUCUAGAUGUUGAACGCUUUGUUGAAAUUUGAUAUUGAAUGUUGGAUUCCUCAAGUAUUUUCUGUAAUCUGCUCAUCACAGUGCACUCUAUAUUGUUUGUCUUUUUAAAUGUGAUUUCAUAUGUACCCACUGUUUUAGUUGUGAUAUGGAUUGGGUUUUGUGCCAUAUUAAAAAAAUAAAUAAAAUCUGUCUGUAAAAGGU